AUGGCUGCCAGUGAACCCUCCAGAUACCUGGCAAGGUCAUUGCCACGGGCCUUUGCGCCCUCUUCGCGCGCUCCGGCCUUCUGCUGGCGUCGCAAUGCCUCCGAUCAAGCGUCGACGAGAUCUCCGUCCGCCGCUAUCAAUGACCUGGAGUCGACCACUCUAUCCACCCCUCUGUCGGAGGACACGGUGAAGUCCUUCAAUCCUCUCGAAAGAGCCAGAGCACGCAAGACGCAACUACCUCGGAGUCGUUAUCAAUUCCGCUCGCCCAAAUACGACCGUGGUCCUCUUCACCCUCACCGGCCCCCUCCGCCCUCUGAUCCCUCCUCUCGACUCUUCGUCCCCGGCCCCUUCUCCCUUCCCCGUGUCGCACAGACCUGGCAAUCCACCGUCGCACCGGACCUCCUCACCCUCCUCUACGUCCACAACCCCCCGGGAUUCAAGCCUCCGCCGAAGGCUCCCCGUCUCCGUUCAUGGGAUGACAGCUCCCCGUACCACAAGAACCGAUCUCUUCGUGGCCCUCGUGGCGGUGACGUUCUCCGCCUCCUCCGCAAACCGAUCACCUUCAACAACAUCCCCAAGAUCGAGCGCAUCACUCUCCACAGUUACGUCAAGCAGGCUGCCCAGUACGACUCGUCAUGGUUGCACGUCGCCGGUAUGGCCCUGCAGGCCGUGACCAACGUCAAGGUCGAGACCUUCAAGUCCAAGACCAGCGUUGCCCAGUGGCACAUCGCCCCCGGUCGUGAUACCGUUGCCGCCAAGGCCGAGCUGCGCGGUGAGAACAUGCUGCAUUUCUUCGGAAAGUUGGUCGAUGUUGUCAUGCCCAGACUCAAGGAUUGGCAGGGUGUGAAGGGUAGCAGUGGUGACAGCAGUGGUAACAUCACUUUCGGUCUUGAGCCUGAGGAGAUGGCUCUGUUCCCGGAGAUUGAGGUGAACUAUGAUAUGUACCCUCCCAAAAUGAUCCCCGGUUGCCACAUCACCAUCCACACCAGCGCCAACACCGACAAGGACGCCCGUCUCCUGCUCAGCGCCAUGGGUGUUCCCUUCUACGGCAAGCUUGUCAACUGA